CUCUCCACCGCCCACCAUGGCCGUCGAACCGCUUGAUACUGCUCCGGCUCUUGGCGACUUCACGCUCCUCAACGAAUACACCUCGCAAACCCCCGGCACCUUCUUCGGCGGCCUCCCCGUCCUCCACCUACACGCUCCCUCCGCGACGAUCAAACUCCAAUCAUCCGACGCCGCCUCACAUCCCGACUUCGCUGCCCUCGCCGAUCCAUCUACGGUUUCCGCGUCAAGCGAUGGACCUCUCCACAUUCCUUCUAUCGACAUCUGGAUCACCUCCCGCGCCCUGCUGCUAUGGUCAACAACACACUCCAAAGGCCUGACAAUACCCUACCCCGUUAUCACAGUCACCGCGCAAGACCGGACAGAAGUCCUCCUCGAACUAAAUCUCUCCGCGCCAGACGCAUCCGACGAGGACCUCGACUUCCUCCAGCUCCGCCUGAUCGCGAAUGAAGUCUCUCACCACGCCGCGGCGACAGCGGACGCAGGAGGAGCCAAUGGCACAGAAGAGCAAGCCUCGGCGAAGAAAGUCUUCAGAGCGAUCUCAGAUUGUCAAGAGUUGAACCCUGAUCCACCGGCACAAGGCGAAGACGGAGAAGAGGAGGGAGGGUUUGAUCCCACGGCUCCUGGAGCGACGGGCUGGAUUACGAGUGAGAAUAUGGCAGACUUUAUGGAUGAGAAUGGGGAGUUCAAGAUGCCGGAGGGCAUGGCUGUCAUUGGUGGGGAAGAGGAUGAGGAGGAGAGUGCAGAGGGAGCACAGCAGAAUGGGCUGGGCGAAGGUGCGGGGAGGAGGAGAACUGCGGCGGAGAUUGAUGGUGGAGAUGCGGAGCAGGGCGCAGAGGGAGUCCCGCACAGCGUCGAGAGCCACCGCUCCGCCUCGAUUCCCGUAGCUUUCUACGGCCACUAA